AUGUCCAUCGAAAACCUCAAGACCUACGACCCCUUCGCCGAGGCCGACGAAGACACCGGCGAAACCAAGCAGGCUUCGAAUUACAUCCAUAUUCGUAUUCAGCAGCGUAAUGGACGUAAGACCCUGACCACCGUUCAGGGACUUCCCAAAAAGUUUGAUCAGAAGAAGAUCUUGAAGGUCAUCAAGAAGAAGUUCGCCUGCAAUGGCACUAUCGUGAACGACACCGAGAUGGGCGAGGUCAUCCAGCUUCAGGGAGACCAGCGCAAGGAUGUCCAGGAAUUCCUCGUCGACAAGAAGGAGGGCCUAGAGCUUGACCCCAAGACCAUCAAGGUCCACGGUUUCUAA